AUGGGUACUGAUCAUUACACUGUUUCGCCAGCACCGGAAGAAAUUUGUCAUUUCUCAUUACGGCAGCCCCACGAAAAAGACGACGAAGGGGUGAGACAGCCGGCCGAAUGUUACUCGCAUUCCUUUCUUCAUCGACUCCGACUUAAUUCUGACCCUCUGCCCUCUCCACCGCUUGGAUCGUCGGUCAUUACUAUAUUACUUCUUUCUUUCUUUCUUUUUUAUUUUCUUCCCCUCCAUCAUUCACUUCCCUUUAUAUUUCUUUUUCCUCCUUUCUCUUUUCAUUAUACACUUUCUUUCUUUCUUUCCUUUUUCUUUCUUUCUUUCUUUCUUUCUUUCUUUCUUUCUUUUUUCUUUCUUUCUUUCUUUCUUUCUUUCUUUCUUUCUUUCGUUGUUUCUUUCGUUGUUUCUUUCAUUCUUUCGUUGUUUCUUUCUUUCGUUCGUUCGUUCUUUCUUUUUUUUCGUUCUUUCUUUCUUUCCUUUUUCUUUCUUUCUUUCUUUCUUUCGUUCUUUCUUUCGUUGUUUCUUUCAUUCUUUCGUUGUUUCUUUCUUUCGUUCGUUCGUUCGUUCUUUCUUUUUUUUCGUUCUUUCUUUCUUUCGUUCGUUCUUUCUUUCUUUCUUUCUUUCGUUCUUUCUUUCGUUCUUUCUUUCUUUCUUUCUUUCUUUCGUUCGUUCUUUCUUUUUUCUUUCUUUCUUUCUUUCUUUCUUUCUUUCUUUCGUUCGUUCUUUCUUUCUUUCUUUCUUUCUUUCUUUCUUUCUUUCUUUCUUUCUUUCGUUCAUUCGUUCUUUCUUUCUUUCUCCGCUUCAUUUUCUUCCGUUCUUCUCUUCUCUUCUUUUUUCUUUUCAUUUCCUUCCCUCAUUUCUUCCGUUUUCUUUGAUUCGUUCCACUGUUUUUGCUUCCUUCUAUUUCCAUGUUUUCGUUUUCUUUUUUGCUCCUUUAUUUAUUUAUUUAUUUAUCACCCCGGCCUAAUUUUCUUCCUUCCUUUCACUUCUUUCUUUCUUGCCUUCUUAAUUCAUCUUUCUUUCUUUCUUUCUUUCUUUCUUUCUUUCUUUCUUUCUUUCUUUCUUUCUUUCUCCCUCCUUCCUUCGUUUCUUUUUGCCUUCGUUCAAUUUCAUUUUCGUUCUUUCUUUUUCAUUAUACAUUUCCCUCUCGUUUUUUUCUCUUAUUCCUAUAUUCCUUCUCUUUUUACGUUUUUCUUUUCCCUCUUUUCAUUUCUUUCUUUCUUUUUCUUUCUUUCUUUCUUUUGCCUUCCUUUUUUUGCAUCGCAUUUUCUUUCUUCCUUCCUUCCCUUCUCUUCUCUCUUUCUUUUCAUUAUGCCCCUUCAUUUCUCCCCUUUCCCUCAUUCGUUCAUCUAUUCUUUUAACCUUUCGAUUUUCAUUUUCCGUUACUCUUUUUCUUUCUUUCUUUCUUUCUUUCUUUCUUUCUUUCUUUCUUUCUUUCUUUCUUUCUUUCUUUCUUGUUCCCUUUCCUCUUUCUUUCUUCCUCCCUUUCUUCGCUUCUGUUUGUCGUCUUUUCGUUUCAUUUUCUAUUUCCUUUAUUUUUGUUUCAUUAUACUUUUUCAUCUCGAUUUUAUUCUCUUCUUUCAUUCGCUCCAUUGUUCCUGUAUUCCUUCUCUUUUCAUUUUCUUCCUCUUUUUCUUUUUCCUCUUUUCACUUCUUUCUUUCUUUUUCCUUUUAUACUUGUAUUCGCAAACGACCCCAAAAGAACGUCUUCUCCACUUUUAA